UAGAAAAGAUUUCUGAAAUCUAAAGUCGCGCUAUCACUUCAUUUUUUUCCGCAGUACGAAUUUAAAGGAAAACGCAAUCGAAUCCAUUUAUUUUUAGAUGACCGAUUACGAAGGACGAUACGACGGUAACGGAAUGGAUUUUGAUAACAACGAUAACUACGCUGCCAGCGGCGGCGCCGUUUCUUCUCCUCCUCUUCGCGGUGAGGAUCACGGAGAUUCCAAAUCUCAGCAUCGAGAACAUGAGAGGGAGUCUUCUAAAAGUAGAGAGAAAGAUAGAGAAAAGGGACGAGACAAGGAGAGGGAUCGAGACAGGGAUAGAGAUAGGGAUAAGGAACGUGAGAGAGAUAAGGAUGGUGAGAGAAGUAGAGAUAGAGAUAGGGAUAGGGACAGAGAUAGGGAAAGGGAUCGAGACAAGGAUCGUGACCGUCACCAUAGAGACCGUGAUCGCCAUAGAGAUCGUGGCGAGAGGAGGGAAAGGGGCAGAGAUAGAGAUGAUGAUGGUUUCAGCCGAAGCAGAGACUUUGACAGAGAUAGGCGAAGAGACUUUGAUAGAGAAAGGGAGGAUAAGCAUAAACGUCCGUCACGAUCUUCUUCAAGGGGCAGAACAGAGCGCAGAUCAAAGUCCCCCUCACGCGAGCGCUCUCGUUCCAAGAGCAAAAGGAUCAGUGGUUUUGAUAUGGCUCCUCCCCAACAUUCACUGUUACCUGGUGCAGCUGCAGUUGCUGCUGUUGCAGGUCAGAUUCCUGGGACUACUCCUGCCAUCCAAGGAAUUUUUCCAAACAUGUUUGGUUUAGGGACUGGUCAGCAGUUUGGUACUCUUCCUGUUAUGCCAGUUCAAGCAAUGACACAGCAGGCUACUAGGCAUGCUCGGCGGGUAUAUGUUGGAGGACUCCCCCCUACAGCCAAUGAACAGUCUGUGGCUACUUUCUUCAGCCAUGUAAUGGCUGCAAUUGGAGGAAAUACUGCUGGUCCAGGGGAUGCUGUUGUAAAUGUUUAUAUUAAUCAUGAAAAGAAGUUCGCAUUUGUGGAGAUGAGAUCUGUGGAGGAGGCUAGUAAUGCAAUGGCUCUAGAUGGGAUUAUCUUUGAGGGAGCUCCUGUCAAGGUGAGGAGACCCAGCGACUAUAAUCCAUCUCUUGCUGCCACACUUGGUCCAAGCCAGCCCAAUCCCAACCUCAACCUGGGUGCGGUUGGUUUAACUCCAGGCUCUGCUGGCGGCCUUGAGGGUCCAGACCGCAUCUUUGUUGGUGGGCUCCCCUAUUACUUCACAGAAGCACAAAUCAGGGAGCUGUUAGAAUCUUUUGGACCCCUUCGAGGUUUUGAUCUAGUCAAAGAUAGAGAAACCGGCAACUCAAAAGGCUAUGCAUUCUGUGUUUAUCAAGAUCUUUCAGUUACAGACAUAGCUUGUGCUGCCCUGAAUGGAAUUAAAAUGGGCGAUAAAACUCUCACCGUCAGGCGUGCUAACCAGGGGGCUAGCCAACCUAAGCCUGAGCAAGAGACUGUACUGUUGCAUGCUCAGCAGCAGAUUGCAUUGCAGAGACUUAUGUUACAACCUGUGCCUACUAAAGUCGUAUGCCUAACUCAAGUUGUUACUCCGGAUGAGCUCAAAGACGAUGACGAGUAUGAAGACAUCUUGGAAGACAUGAGAACCGAAGGCGGGAAAUUUGGUACAUUGGCUAGUGUUGUUAUCCCACGACCAAAGGGAGAUGAUGGCGACGUGGCAGCAGGAGUUGGGAAGGUGUUCUUGGAGUAUGUAGAUAUGGAAGGUGCCUCAAAAGCUCGAUCAGGGAUGAACGGAAGAAAAUUUGGCGGAAAUCAAGUGGUGGCCGUAUUUUAUGCAGAGAACAAGUUCUACCAGGCUGACUAUGAUGGAUAGUCACUUGAAUUUUGCAUUCUGUGACAUUGUUUUAUUAGAACCUGUAGUUGUUAGAUUAUGAUAUGCUGAUAACUAGAGUGAUUCUUUCUCAACCUUCAACUUUCCUUUGUGUUUUCAUUAUCGGAAUUAUUAGUAGAUGUUGAUAUACAGCUCUUUAUUUGAA